GUCAAGCUAGAGGGAUUCUUGGGAGAUACUUCGUACAACGAUGGAUGACCAGUCUUGCCGUCCGAGUAUGAGUAUCUACAGCAUCACGCCUCCAGACAGCGAAGUUGCGCUCUGUGUUGGUGGCCCUGACAACCUUAAUGCCACUUGGGAGAAUUGGACCUUUCCUUCGAGCUCUCCACCGGCGAUCUUAUAUCGAAACAACCUAGGGUCUGGACACAUGACAGCUGAUUCCUCCGACUUUUUCGCUGACGUCAAUGAAUACUCCUUUGAGCCGGACUUGGAUCUUCUGAGGGCACAAUGUCAAUCUCCGUGGCCAAUCGAGUUCCAACAAGAAAACUGGGAGUCGCUGCAGGAGACGACCGCAACAUGGAACACCACGUCAGAAGAUAUCUCUUGGAGAGAAUGUGAGCCUCGGGUCGUCCAGACAGACCCAUAUCAUGGACUCCCUGAGCAGGUAGCAUUGCUCGAGCUUCGUAUGACCCAGGAAGAGUAUUGGACAGAUCAGCUCCAACUCUGUUCUACUCGGCUGGAUGCUCGAGCAUUUGACUUGGAAAAGAAGUCAGGUUCCUAUCAAUAUAACCAGUACUUCCCGAUUAUGUACGGUACCAGUCAGCUCAAGCUCUAUUGACAAUCUCGACCCUUUAAAACCCGUGAAUAUGGCGCCGUAUGGGUUAAGUACGUGGUAUUAUGGGGAGAAAGCAGAGGUAAAGUGAGUGCUGGAACAAUGCAGUGCUCUUGCCGAAAGAGUUCCUGUCCAAGGAUAUUCCAAAAAGUCGAAUCCUGAGCUUCGGCUACGGCUCUGGGAUUAAACAGAAAGACACUGUAAGAUGUUCUGCUAUAUCCUACUAAGAUUCUGAACCGCCUCUGCGAUGACCUAUGCUAGAACUGGUUUUUCGGGCCAAAACUUCCAUCGAGUAUUAAUAGUUACUUAACGAAUCUAGACGUUUUAGCCGACUUAGUACUCUUAAGUAUAUACCUAGGUAUAUAAACGUCGUCUAGGCGUACGAAAAUCUUCUAUAUAGACUUAAAUUUACCGUAUU